AUGCAAAAGGCGGUGAUGUGUGAACGAUUUGGGGCGCUAUGGUAUGUCCCAUUGGCUAUUUUUGUAAUUGUCCUUUACAAUGAGUAUCUGAUAUAUUACAUAACAAUCUAUGUGACAUGUUCGUGGCCUGUAUUGCCAUCGCGAGAACAUGAACAGAAAGAAGAGACGAGAGUAAUGAUUUUAACCGAUAUUCAUCUCCUCGGACCUCGUCGAGGACAUUGGUUCGACAAGUUGAGGCGGGAAUGGCAAAUGCAUCGAUCGUUUCAGUCAGCCGUAUCACUAAUGCAUCCACAUGCCAUGAUUUUGAGGGAGAAAGAGAGAAUUUCAGGCGAUAUAUUUGAUGAAGGUACCAUAAGCAAUCAGCAAGAACUUACGAAUAAAAUAAAUCGUUUCAAUGAACUUUUUUAUGUACCUAGAGAUGUUGAGAGACAGUGUAUUCUGGGUAAUCAUGAUAUUGGAUUUCAUGAUCAGAUUAGUCCAGCACGACUCCGGUUUCUGUCCGAACAUUUUUCACGGUCAUUUGCUGAUCACAUUGUUAUCGGUGGGAAUCAUUUUGUAUUGCUAAAUUCGAUGACACUUGAACGCGAUGGUUGUUUCCUCUGCACCUCCACCGAACGUCAAAUUGAGGAACUGAGUCGAAGUUUUGAUUGCACCAAAAAUGUAACAAUAUGUAAUACACAAUCAAGACCUGUUCUGCUACUUCACUUUCCAUUGUAUAGGGAAAGUGAUGCGAACUGCCCGGAUGACUAUGAUGCGGCUCCGGAACCAAUGAAAUCGAAUCGCUUUCAUGUUGGUAUUGAUUGUCUUUCCAAUGCUUCAUCUCAGUAUAUUUUGGAAAAGUUAAAACCUCGUGCUGUUUUUAAUGGUCAUGCACAUUAUAGUUGUCGAACUUGGUGGCCACCACCGUACAGUAUGAAUGAAUGGACAUUAUCAUCGUUUUCAUGGCGAAAUAUCCCACAACCUGCUUUUCUUCUUGUCACCGUAAUGCCCGAUGAUAUUCAGGUCAACAAAUGUUUUCUACCGAAUGAGAAAACUGUUAUUGGUAGUUAUAUUGUGGUUGCUUUGGGUAUAAUAGUUUUUUUGUUCUAUCGUUUAGUUUCACAUUUACGGCACCGACAGCCAUAUUCGUCAUACCAAAUCGUAACUCAGAAAUGCGAUUAA